UUCGGGAAUUCUACUCGGAUUGUUCGGGAUUCUAUUCUUGUUUCCUUAUUAUGGAAACAUAAGAAGCACACCACGAUCGGUAGGCGUUUAUACGGCAACCGCCCUGGGCGGCAAAAAAGUGGCGACUGCAGUUUACAGGAAGACAUAUUUCCGCUCGUUUCCGGUUGCUGAGCAACCCACCCGUACACACGUAUCACAGCGAUAUUAGAUAACUGUCUUUUUCGUCACAAUAUGCAAGACACUGUGAGUGUCUUAACACAUUUUGGACAAGCACGUAUAUUACUGCAAUGAAUAUUAAUUAUAAUAAUUAUAAUACAUAGUACAGUAAUCAAAAAAUUGAUGAUGAGUUAUUAUUAUCAUAACAUUAAUAAAACAAGAAGUUAUAAUAGCCGAUAUUAAAUUUUAUAACUUGCGUAAUAAAAUUGUUAUCUUCAUACAGCACUUAUGAACCGUUCGUCCUUGAAAACCUUGAUUGCGCAGUUUCGGGAGUUUUAACAGAUUUGUUAUUUGCACCAUCGAUUUUUUGGGAUUGAGACGUGCAGCGAGCAUCGCAGCGAAUCCUCAUGCUUUAGAAACGUGAUAUACAGUGAGAAUUUUAUUUGGCAUACGCUGGGUAUGUACCAUGUCUUCGCGUGCAGCGCCGCUGAAGCCCCGCCCUCAGCAGAUCGCGGAGACCCUGCAUGCCACAGCCCCCACCUUUAUCCCGCCGCGGGAUACUGCUCCCUCUUUGACGGAGUUGAUCACUGGCUCUCCACGAAAGAGCAACCUUCCAAAGGUCAUUCGCGCCUCCGACGCAGCGCGCAAGGCCGCCCGGAAUAACCCCGAAUUCGUGUUGGGCCACAUCAAACGCCAGUCUAACUAUGUACGGAAACCCGUGACGAAUGAGGACCACAUCCUGCGCGCUACCCGCCUCAUCGAGGCCGAGCGCAUGGCCGGCGAGGUGGACGAGGCGCUGAAGAGUGUCAAGGACGGCUUUGCCGCCGAAAUGGACCGCUGUCUGAAGCGCAAGCAGGAUUCGGUGCGCAAGAACCAGGCGCUGAUGACGGCCAUGAAGGAUUUCUCGCAUUUCAUACAGUUGAAUGAUCACUGGAUCGAGCAUAACCGGAAACGGGAGGAGGACGAUCAGCGUCUGACGGCCGCGUAUCAGCAGCGCUCCCACGAGCUUCAAGCGGAGCAGGCAACUGCCAUUCGUUAUCGCCACGAUCUACGUCAACGCUGGAGAGUACUGCGCCCGUAUGAGGCCUUCUUCUUGGACCUGCUGAAGCACAUCACCGGCUAUAAUGAUCUCGAGCAUUUUGCCGCGGACAUGGAACGCCAGACGGCCAUCAUUGAGUGUACCCGACAGACGCUGGAUGAUCUGCAGACGCUGCGUGCCGAGGCAGAGCAGUUCCAUAGUCGACUGGAUCAGGCAACGGAAAGUAAAGUAGCGAAACUGGAUGAAGAAACCCGGAAACUGGAAGAGGAGAAGAAGCAACUGGAGGAAAAGGUGCAGGCGUUGCAGUGCGAGCGCCAGCAGGAUCUGGAGAACCGCAAAGCGGAUAUUAAGGAAUACAUUCAUCUUGUGGUAAAACUCCAGGAGGCCUACGAAAUAUCCUGCCGCAUCAUGUCCCUCCCGGACGUCCAGCCCGUCCACAAACCGGCCCCGCCCAAACUGAAGACCCUGGAGACCUGUCUCACCGACAGCCACAUCAUCACCACGGCCAUCAACGCCGUGUACCCCACAACCGACUGGCGCUCCAUGGAGCGCCACCGCAAAGCCGAACUGGAGGAGAUCAGCAGUCUCGUCGGCUCCGGCUACUUCCCGCACAUCCAGUACAAACUCUACCUCCGCCCCACGCCCUUCGUGCCCAAGGCCACGCUGACCACGCCCCAAGCCUCCGACGCCCAGAAAGCCGAGUAAAGCGGUUGUUCGUAAAGGUCACCGCUGUGUAUAGGAUGAUACAUGGAGCAAAUGGUGAAAAUCGGAUUAAUCGAUGGACAUUUGAGAGCAUCAUUAGCAAUAUUUAGCCACGGGACGAUGUGUGUGUGUUGUACGGCGGAUUAAGCGGUAUAUUGCACUGUGUCGUGAGUGUGUUUAAAUAUAAACCGGGAAAAGUAUGCGCCGUGGAAUGUUUUGGCAUGUUGGGCCCAUCGCGCGCUGAUGAACUGCAGACGCCGAUGCCGAUUGACAGUUUUACACUCGGACUGACACACCGACUACAAACUAUGAAAUUCAAAACUUUGCUAAAUAAACUUAA